CCGCGCGGGCUGUGAGCCGCAAACUGGCGGCGUGCUCCUUGGGAGAGCACGCCUGGCCGCGGCCUGGAACGGCGGACACCUGCCGGACUCUGCUCAGGGGGCCUGCGCCCUGCCUUCUGUGCCUGGACCGGACCCUGUCCAGCUGGGCGGCCCCGACGAGGGUCCACCCCUCUCUGGGCCUCCUACAGGGAUGGCGAGGGCACUGGAGCUUCGGAGGGUGUAUGAGGAGAGGCCUGGAAAGCGAGCCCCAGGCCGGCUCCGGUCCUCUCCCCGGGGACUUUGGGCCAGUUACCCAACCUGUGGGAUCCCCCACCCCGCCAGCAGGAGUGGUUAGAAAAAUCCUGCUGUCCCACCGAUUGAAGUGUGAUCCAGGGAUAGUUAACAUUUACUUGGCGUUUCCUGUGGGUUCGGCACUGCCUUCUAGCUUUAUUCUAUUUUCAUGGCUCUCUAGGGAGACUGUUACCGUUUUAUGAUGAGAAUCCUGAGACAGAGGUAACUUGCCCCCAGUCUUACAGCUGGUGGUGAUGGAGCAAGAUUGGAACGCAGGCCAUCUAGACCUGUGACGCACCACCCUUUUCUCCACUGUGUGCAAGCAAAUACACGCGGAACAAUCCUAUUGGGUUUUCAGCAAAUACCACUGACAUCGGCCUGGCUGACUGGGGACGCAAGGCCCUGAACAUUGCGGAGAACGAGAUGCCGGGCUUGAUGCGCAUGCGUGAGCGGUACUCAGCUUCCAAGCCGCUGAAGGGCGCGCGCAUCGCCGGCUGCCUGCACAUGACGGUGGAGACGGCCGUCCUCAUUGAGACCCUGGUCGCCCUGGGUGCUGAGGUGCGGUGGUCCAGCUGCAACAUCUUCUCCACCCAGGACCAUGCGGCAGCUGCCAUUGCCAAGGCUGGCAUUCCAGUGUAUGCCUGGAAGGGCGAAACAGAUGAGGAGUACCUGUGGUGCAUUGAGCAGACGCUGUACUUCAAGGACGGGCCCCUCAACAUGAUUCUGGAUGAUGGAGGCGACCUCACCAACCUCAUCCACACCAAGUACCCACAGCUCCUGCCGGGCAUCCGAGGCAUCUCCGAGGAGACCACGACUGGGGUCCACAACCUCUACAAGAUGAUGGCCAAUGGGAUCCUGAAGGUGCCUGCUAUCAACGUCAAUGACUCUGUCACCAAGAGCAAGUUUGACAACCUCUAUGGCUGCCGGGAGUCCCUCAUAGAUGGCAUCAAGCGGGCCACAGACGUGAUGAUUGCCGGCAAGGUAGCAGUGGUAGCAGGCUAUGGCGAUGUGGGCAAGGGCUGUGCCCAGGCCCUGCGGGGUUUCGGGGCCCGCGUCAUUAUCACCGAGAUUGACCCCAUCAACGCACUGCAGGCCGCCAUGGAGGGCUAUGAGGUGACCACCAUGGAUGAGGCCUGUCAGGAGGGCAAUAUCUUCGUCACCACCACAGGCUGUGUUGACAUCAUCCUUGGCCGGCACUUUGAGCAAAUGAAGGAUGAUGCCAUCGUGUGUAACAUUGGACACUUUGAUGUGGAGAUUGAUGUCAAGUGGCUCAACGAGAAUGCUGUGGAGAAGGUGAACAUCAAGCCACAGGUGGAUCGGUACCGGCUGAAGAAUGGGCGCCGCAUCAUCCUGCUGGCAGAGGGUCGGCUGGUCAAUCUGGGUUGUGCCAUGGGCCACCCCAGCUUCGUGAUGAGUAACUCCUUCACCAACCAGGUGAUGGCACAGAUCGAGCUGUGGACUCACCCUGACAAGUACCCCGUUGGGGUUCACUUCCUGCCCAAGAAGCUGGAUGAGGCAGUGGCUGAAGCCCACCUGGGCAAGCUGAACGUGAAGUUGACUCAGCUGACAGAGAAGCAGGCUCAGUACCUGGGCAUGUCCCGUGAUGGCCCCUUCAAGCCGGAUCACUACCGCUACUGAGAGCCAGGUCUGCGCUUCGCCUUCCAGCUGCUGUCCUUGCCCAGGCCCUGCCUCUCCUCCCUAAGAACAAACGGCACCAACUUUGUGAUUGGUUUGUCAGUGUUCCCCAUGGACUCUGGGGCUGGUCACUGAGUUUUUGGCCUCUGCUGCAGCUCUCAUACUGUUCCAGGUGUGGCAGUGGGAACUGAGAGGCCCCUCCUCAAGCCCUGGUCAUGAUGGAGGUACCAGCCAUGAGAACCAUGAGCUCAGUGGUCUUGGAACUGCUCACCCUCCUUAGCCUUGAAAUCAGUAGUGGAGUCACAAAGCCCAUGUAUAUUUUGCCAUCGAGGCCUUCACCUGGUCUGUGGGCUUAGACCUGUGUGCUUGGUUUACAGGUCCAGUGAUUCCUAAGCGCAUGACAGAUAGAUGAGAAAGAAGUAUACUGAAGGGCAAAGAGGAACUGUUGUUUGAAUUUUCCUCAAGGCCUGGCUUAGUGCUGGGCCUUCUCUUAAACCUCAUAACAAUGAGGUUAGUACUUUUAGUCCUUGUUUUAUAGGGGUUAGAAUAGACUUAAGAGGCAACUGAGAAAGAACAGAAAAGUGACAGGUUGAGAGGGGCCAGGAAAACAUAAAAGCAGUCAUAGCUCUGCCACCACUUUGUAACCAGAUGGUUUCUAUCACAACCCUGGAUCAAAAAGAGAAUAGUUUGGCCUAUAAUGUUUAUAAUGUUAAAAGAAAGCAGGAAUGUGGGUAAAUAAAAAUCUUGGUGCCU